AUGGUCUCUCCUAAUCAUACACAGUUCCACCCCUACUUUUUCCUUCUUCUGGGAAUUCCAGGGCUGGAGGAUGUACACAUAUGGAUUGGUGUUCCAUUUUCUGUUGUGUAUUUGACUGCUCUUCUAGGAAACAUUACAAUUAUUUUUGUGAUUCAGACUGAACACAGUCUCCAUCAGCCCAUGUUCUACUUCCUGGCCAUUCUGUCAUCUAUUGACCUUGGCUUGUCCACAUCCACCAUACCCAAGAUGCUUGGAAUCUUCUAGCUCAACCUAAAAGAGAUCUCAUUUGAGGGAUGUCUCAUCCAGAUGUUCUUCAUCCAUCUGUGCACAGGCAUGGAGUCAGCUGUGCUUGUGGCCAUGGCCUACGAUCGCUACGUGGCCAUCUGUAAUCCUCUCCACUACACACUGGUCCUGACAAACAAGGUGGUAUUCAGCAUUGCUUGGGUCAUCUUCCUGAGACCCUUAGCCAUUGCCAUCCCCUUUGUGGUGCUCAUCCUGAGACUACCUUUCUGUGGACAUCAAGGCAUCCCACACACAUACUGUGAGCACAUGGGCAUUGCACGCCUGUCCUGUGCCAGCAUCAAGGUCAACAUCAUCUAUGGCUUGUGCGUCAUCUCUAUCCUGGUGUGUGACAUUGUAGCCAUUGUACUCUCCUAUGUGCACAUCCUCUAUGCUGUCUUCUGUCUACCUUCCAGGGAUGCUCGACUUCAUGUUGGUGUCAUGCUUUCCUUCUACACACCAGCCUUUUUCUCUUUCAUGACCCAUCGGUUUGGCCGAAAUGUUCCCAGAUACAUUCAUAUCCUUCUCGCCAACUUUUAUGUUGUCAUUCCUCCUGCUCUUAACCCUGUUAUUUACAGUGUUAGAACCAAGCAGAUUAGAGAGAGGGUAGUUAUGGGCAUCAGAAAUAAACUAUAA